AUGUUGUCUGUACAAUUUAUCAUAUCAUUUUCACUGAUUAUUUUACUUUGUUUACAAAUUAAUCCAUCUGAAUUAUUAUUUUGUCCAAAUAAAUGUUAUUGCGACAAUUCUGAAAUGGUUGAUUGUGAAGGUGCACCUUUCGAACAGGUACCUAAUAUAUUGCAAACAAAAGUUCGUAUUUUAAGGAUUAAAAAUUCUUCCAUUUCAAUCAUUCAAAAGGGUGCUUUUAAGAGGUACACAGACCUAAAAGAAUUAAUAAUCGAGAAUUGCGAUCAGUUGCAUACAAUUGAAAAAUUUGCAUUCAAAGGUUUAAGUCGUUUGAAAUUACUUCGUUUAGCUAAUAAUCCAACAUUAAAUAAUAUUGCAAAGAAUGCAUUUUCACAAAUAACAAACAGGCAUGGCUUACGAAUUCAAUUAAUUAAUAAUAGUUUUACUCGAAUACGACAGGGUUUAUUCAGGCAAUUAAAUCAUUUAAGAGAAUUUACUUUGCAAGGUGAAAAUUUAAAAAUUGAAGUGAAUGCAUUUGCAAGUUUUACGCAAGUUGAUUUUUUUAAUUUAUUCGGUGUAAUUUCAUUUGGAUUACGAUCAUUUGAAAAUACUUCCAGAAUACAUAGACUUGAAAUCAGUCAUUCACAAUUUUCAAUCACAGCUGGCGUAUUUACUGCAUUAUCACAUAUACGAGAAAUUCAUAUUAUUUCAAAUGAAAUUGAUACGAUUGAUACGGAAGCAUUUACCGGUCUUUAUACAAUUGGUUCAUUAAUAAUAACUGAUAAUAAAAUUGGUAAUAUUUCGGGUUAUGCAUUUGCAACAAUUGUUAAUAUCGGUGAGAUUAUUAUUGAACGGAAUACUAUCCGGAAUCUGGAAACGGAAGCAUUAAUAAGUGAAGCAUGGCAAAUUAGAUUUCAGGAUAAUAUCCUGUACUGUAGUUGUGCUAUUAAUUGGCUCAAUUAUAUCAAUAAUUCAGUAUUACUAAAGAAGAAUUUUUGUGGUGCUGAAGAAUUUCAUCGGUCUCUGUUAAACUAUAAGCCGAAAUGUCUACGGCCGAAAAGAGGAUUGUCUGCAACAAUUAUUACAAGAACUCGUCAUUUCAUUAUUAUCUUUUGCUUGUUUAUUGUUAUGUUUUAUCACAAAACAAUUUGA